AACGCCAGCAGUUUAAAGACAAGAAGUGAGGUCCUGCUUUGAUUUCUGCUUGGCCUCAUCCCACCCUUCCCACCACCCCAGCUGUGCAGCCCUGCAGCCCUGCAGCCCUGCAGCCAGCAUGUCGGCGCCACUGCUGUCGCGGCCAUGGCGCAGGCUUGUGUGCGUUGCGAUUUGCGCGAUUGUAGUGGUGUGGCUGGUGGCGCUCACGCUGGAUUGGCCGCUGUUGAGCAGGAGCCGCCGUGACUCGCGGUGGCAACGCGCUGCUGAUGAUGGAGACGCUUCUUCCAUUCCACAAGGCGCCGUUCCAGUGUACAUCACAGACGAGCACCAGCACGUUCUGCCUCGCUGGUACAAGCUAGCUGCCCAAACACACAAGAAGGGCUUCACCCUUGUGCACGUUGAUGCACACAGUGACCUGGCCAUCCCGAAGAAGUACGUGCGGGAGCCCAGUGACAUCUUCUCAAAGCACAUCAACCGCCAGCUCCUGCACACAAGCAACGACGAGUUUAUCGAGGAGGCAGUUCACUCUGGCCUGAUUGACCGCAUCACGUGGAUUGUGCCAGACUGGGGCGUCGCCAACGAGGGCGACAUGUUUGACCCAUACUGGAAUGACGGAUGGGUUGAUCCAGAAAUGGCUGCAGUUGGCGUUGGCAUCACCGAAGACAACGAGCCUUGCGACUGCACCAUCUUGGGUCCGUGGUGGAACCCUCACAGUCUUGAUGCAGUGCGCACCUGCACAUCAUACGAAGAUGAUGACCUACCCGCGAUCGAGUGCUUCCUCCAACGCAUCGUCCCAUUGGAGGUCAUUGUUGGAUCGCAGCUGUCCAAGCGUGGCAUCACGCUCCCGAAGGAGGGCGACUCACCGGGGAUCAUACUCGACAUUGACGAGGAUUACUUCAUCACCGCAGAUGCCGUUGGCUAUCUUGCCACCGCUGGUUGGACAAACACGACGCUGGCGGCUGUUGAUGCUGCUAUUUUGCAGCUGUGUGCACACGAUGAAGAGGACGAAGCCGAGAUUGCUGCCAUUCUCGCCCAAGCUGCGCUCAACCAAGAGUGGGAGGCGCCAGAUGCGUGGAAAGCGAAGGUGGUGUGCGCGAGUGCUGACCUCGAGGCAGCAUCUGCUCUCGGUGCAGGCGACGAGUAUGGUGACGAUGAGUAUGAAGAGGACGACGACGAACCUGAACGAGAGGAUGAUGAUGAGGACGAUGAUGAAUCCAACGCUGAUGACGAUGAAGACGAGGAAGAAGCAGAUGUGGAAGACGAGGAAGAAGCAGAUGUGGACGACGAGGAAAAUGCUGCGGCGAGUGAACAUCAUCGCAUCCACAGCGCCAUUGAUCGCACGGCGCUCAGACAUCGACGACGACGACAGCAGCGGCGACAGCGGCGGUAUCUACGUGGCGGAUCGUUCUGGAGCACGCGGCGCAAAGGACGCCGACACCACAAACUUGAACUCUUGCAGCGCUUUCGCCUCGAUGACGGCUAUCAUGGUGAUGGUGAUGGUGACACGGGUGGCGACGGUGAUGGACGUGGUUACAAUCGUCAGCCAGACCGACAACAACAACAACAACAACAACAACAACAACAACAACAACAACAACAACAACAACAACAACAACAACAACGGCGUGGGUUGCUCUAUCGUGUGCGAGGGCAAAGCAGUGACGCCGCCAGUGAACGUGCACGCGUGUUUGAUUCAGUGGUGAUGCAGUUUGUGGCUGCGGUGCACACGGCCGUGGCCUCCAGCAACACACACACACCAUCGCCAACACCACCCAUGCUCGCUGCGCUUCUUGAUGUCGGCUUUGCUGCCGUGCCGCUGAGCGAACGGCGGCUGCACACGCGCGAAUUUCCGCGACAGAUGGCGGUGGCGACAGGCGUGGACCAGGAGCGGCCGGAGAUCUCCAUCAGCGACGACGACAACAACAACAACAACAACAACAACAACAACAACAACAACAACAACAACAACAACAACAACAACAACAAGUAUCGGCGGUUUGUGGAGGUGGACGACGAGUAUGUUGAAUAUCGCUCCAAUGAGAUGGUCAUGUUCAGGACACUGCGUCCAGGAGACCUUGAACACGAUCUGGAGGAACUGCGCGCGUUUCUGAUGACGUCAGAGUUGGGGCAGCACGUGCGUUUAGUUUCCAUUUGCCGCUCCAUUCGUGACGGCUAUCUCCCUGCACGGCACUGGCGACAGAUCGAGACACACCUCCUCCGCACCAUCCACGCCAUCGUUCCACAUGCCACCGUGCUGCUGGACGGACGGCCAACAUGGGACGCGCAACCGCUCUGGACGUGACGUGCGCCUGUGCCUUUGUACGUAUGUGUGUGUGUGUGUGAGAGAGAGUGUGUGUGUGUGCGUGUGUGGCUGUUGAGAUAAUCGACGCUGGCCAGAGCUUGCUUGACCAAUAAACGACAUGAUGCACA